UUUCGGAUUUGAGAGUUUAACUCCUAUUUAAAAUGACUCUUUGACUCCUAACGGCUGGACUCUCGGGAGGACUCGGCGGUUUUGGGUCGGAGGCGAAAGCCAACAGACACCAUGGACAAACCUAAAGAAAACUGUGUUUCAGGGCCUGCUAAGACUACAGUUCUACCUGGUGAUGGUCCAAAACGUGUUCUGGUGACUCAGCAAUACCCUUCUCAGCAUCCGUUAUCUGCCAACAGUGGCCAGGCUCAGCGGGUCUUGUGUCCUUCAAACUCCUCCCAGCGAGUUCCUUCACAAGCACAAAAGCUUGUCUCCAGCCAUAAACCAGUGCAGAAUCUGAAGCAGAAGCCAUUGCAGGCAGCCAGCGUUCCUCGUCCUGUCUCCAGGCCACUGACUAAUAUCCCAAAGAGUGAGCAGCCCCAGCCGCCAACCCCUGGUAAGUCAGAUUUUUGGGAUGUACUGGACACUCAAUUUUUUUCUAGUUGGCCAAAAACCAAAAACAAAAGGCAGUGGGCUUUGGAAGAUUUUGAAAUUGGUCGUCCGCUGGGUAAAGGAAAGUUCGGGAAUGUUUAUUUGGCGAGAGAAAAACAAAGCAAGUUUAUCCUGGCUCUGAAAGUAUUAUUUAAAGCUCAGCUGGAGAAGGCAGGAGUUGAGCAUCAGCUGAGACGAGAAGUAGAAAUUCAGUCCCACCUUAGGCAUCCUAAUAUUCUCAGACUGUAUGGGUAUUUCCAUGAUGCCACCAGAGUUUACCUAAUUCUAGAAUAUGCGCCUCUCGGAGCUGUCUAUAGAGAACUUCAGAAACUGUCCAGGUUUGACGAGCAGAGAACUGCUACUUAUAUCACAGAAUUGGCCAAUGCCCUGUCUUACUGCCAUUCAAAGAGAGUUAUUCAUAGAGACAUCAAGCCCGAGAAUCUGCUCCUGGGAUCCGCGGGAGAGCUUAAGAUUGCAGAUUUUGGGUGGUCCGUACAUGCCCCAUCCUCCAGGAGAACCACCCUCUGUGGCACGCUGGACUACUUGCCCCCAGAGAUGAUCGAAGGCCGGAUGCACGACGAGAAGGUGGAUCUCUGGAGCCUCGGGGUGCUUUGCUAUGAGUUUUUAGUUGGGAAGCCUCCUUUCGAGGCCAGCACAUACCAGGAGACCUACAAGAGAAUAUCGCGGGUUGAAUUCACAUUCCCUGACUUUGUACCAGAGGGGGCCCGGGACUUCAUCUCAAGACUGCUGAAGCAUAACCCCAGCCAGAGGCCGACCUUGAAAGAAGUACUCGAACAUCCUUGGAUCAUAGCAAAUGCUUCAAAACCAUCAAGUGGCCCCAAAAACAAAGAAUCAGCUGGCAAGCAAUCUUAACACUGUUGCAGGGGGAGCAGCCCAUGGGCCAGGGCUGCUGGAUAAUCGGUCGGAAACAGACUCCUGACAUUCUUACUGCUGCCUGCCUGCAACCCAGAGUGCUCCAGAAAAUGUUUGUUUUUGUGCUGAACAGGCGGGACCUCGGCCUCCUCAUUCAGAAAGUCCCACUUCAGUAAACAUGAUUCUCUGAAGUGGCCACGCGAAUCGUGCUGAUUUCACUGGUUUUAUAACCCUGAGGCAGGGUUCAGGUUCAGCCACCAGGCAGCCUGUUGGAGUCAGGCGUCCUUGUGGGACGUGAACCCAGAGUCAGAGUGGGCAGAGCGGCCCCUCUGCCCUGACUCGAUCGGUUCCAGAGCUGUGCAAUAACCUUCAAAGCACCUGGGUGUGUGUAACUUAUUGGGUGGCCGUGCCUGGUGAGGCUGUCAGAAUGAGUAUGUUAAAUGUUAAAAUAAAGACACAUGUAUAGACUUGUGGUUUUA